UUUCAGAGCAGCUGCGGACUGUUGGGGAGAAGGAAAAUUGUGACGCAGUUGUGUAAAACAUCUUUUGGUUGCCUGCUGCAGCGUCGCUGUCGCUUCUUGCGUCACCUACAGCAGCUACCGUAAAACGUCUGCGCGCCGCUUUCCUGCCAGUCGCCAUAUAGCGAUACAUUUUUUAAUCAAUGUAAAACGUAUUCAGGCAGUGAACGAGAAAAUGUUGGGGGUAGAAGGGGUCUGAGAGAAGUAGUUCGCGCGGAAAGCCCUGGGAGUUGUAGUCCAGUAUCCUGACCGGUGCCUAAACGCGUAAUGGCUUCUGCGACUACGAAAAACUACAACUCCCAGACGCCCAAACUCUGGAUACUUUGUAAACUCUGCAAGUUGCUUGUCUGGGCUGCUAUUUUAGAUUUUCCUCUGAAUUCCCAUCUGACUACACUAGCCAGUAUCCACAAGAUUCAUCACACCUUGCACAGGCUGAAUCUGACUGAAGACGUUGGACAGGACAGCCCCCCGUCAGCCAUGCCGCCUAGGAAAAAAAGGAGACCCUCUGCUGGAGACGACAUGUCGGCCAAGAAAAGUCGCCAAGACAGCAUUUUCAGAAAACAUGAGAGCUCACAGAUCCAGGAGGAGGAGGCGUUUUCCAGUAAAAGAUGUGUGGAGUGGUUCUAUGAGUAUGCAGCUUAUGACAACGUGGUGGGUCCGGAGGGCAUAGAGAAGUUCUGUGAGGACAUUGGAGUGGAGCCAGAGAAUGUGGUGAUGCUGGUUCUCGCCUGGAAGCUAGAUGCUCAGAGUAUGGGCUAUUUCACUCUUCAGGAGUGGCUAAGAGGCAUGGGCUCACUGCAAUGUGAUUCCACUGAGAGACUGAGGAAUUCUCUAGACUACCUGAGGUCCGUCCUCAACGACAGCACGAGUUUUAAGCUCAUCUACAGAUACGCCUUUGAUUUUGCUCGGGAAAAGGAUCAGAGGAGUUUGGACUUGAACACAGCCAAGUGUAUGCUGGGGCUUCUUCUGGGGAAAACAUGGCCUCUCUUCCCUGUGUUUAAUCAGUUUUUAGAGCAAUCCAAGUACAAGGUCAUCAACAAAGACCAGUGGUGCAAUGUUUUAGAGUUCAGCAGGACAAUCAACCUGGACCUUAGUAACUACGAUGAAGACGGCGCCUGGCCCGUGUUGCUGGAUGAGUUUGUGGAAUGGUACAAGGAAAGACAGAUGUCAUAGCUACAGAUUUGGGAGAAUAAAGAAUUACAACUAAACAAAAGGAAGUCAAAAAAAAAUAAUUCAACUGUGACCACAACAACUCUUGAG